ACAAUUGAAUUAAAUGUUGAGGACAUAUAUUUUGUAUUUUUUAAAAAUAUAUAUUUAUUAUAUUUAGAUAAAAAAAGUCCUGGCAUUAAAUAUUUAUAUCAAAAUGUUGUAGUUUAUGAUAAUCAUUCAUCGCAAUAAAUAGAUGAUUUAUCAAAUAAAAAUAUGGAUAAUCUAGAAAUUAUCAGUCAGAGCAGAUGGACUUGGAACUGGAUUAAUUUAUGUGGAAAUAAUUCAAGUUUGAAUCCUAUAAAUCCUGAUACUAAUGAUCUUAGUUUAUGUUUCCAGCAAUUAUGCCUUCAAGUACCAACAUUAGCUUUGCUAGCCAUAACAUCAGCUUAUUACUGUGGAAAAAAGAGUUCAGUAAUUCCAUAUGACAGAUUUUCACACUAUGCUAUUACAUUACGAUUAAUAAUAACAGGAUGUCUAAUUACUCUUCCAAUAAUACGAGCCUACAUAAUACUCACAAACACAACAAUGUCACCAGUUAAUCUACAUAACACCAAAUUGUCAUCAAAUAAUACAUUUCUUCCCAGUAAUCAGGCGACGUCAGCCAAACCGAUUGAUUACAUCGUCGCUGGAACUGAAGGGUUGGCAUGGGUAGUCCACUUUCUUUUUAUAUUAACUCUGAAACGAGGACCACGUUUGAGUUUACGAGGACCUGUUAUUAUAAGAGCACUUAUUUUCAUGUUGAUUGGAGUAUCUGCUCUGCUGCUACGGUCCCACGUUAAACAUAACGAUGAAGAUGAUGUGCUACCGCAUUUAUCACUGGGAUUUAGUAUUGUCGUGGUCACUCUGAUGUCUUUGUACGCUUUGACGCUGCUGCCAAAUAAAAUUAGUGCUGAUCAAAAUACUAGAUAUACUGAGAUUGGUGAACACACGGCGCUAUUAAAUUCACCCACUUCAUCGUACGUGCACUUUCCUAAUGACCAGGAUCCAAAUUAUCUUGGCACCGCUAUGGAAAAUGAAACAUUCUUAUCGAAACUUAUAUUCUACUGGGUGACUCCUCUGAUGGAAAAAGGUGUCAGAGGAUCAUUGAAACAUUCUGAUGAUUUAUACGAUCUUCCUGAAUCAGCUACCACGGCUUCUAUUGUUUAUAAUAUUGAUAAACACAUCCGCAAGACACCUCGAUUAAAAAGAAAUAUUUAUGUCGACAUUGAACAAGAUGAACCGGAACGAGUAGAUGCUUCAAGUAAUAAUAUAUCUCUACUUAAACUUUUGCAUCAGUGCUUCGGAUGGCAAUUUUAUGCUGUCGGUAUUUUGAAAUUCAUAGCAGACUGUUCAGGAUUUGUCGGUCCAAUUUUAUUGAACAAACUUGUAGGAUUUAUUGAGGAUAAAAAUGAACCACUUUCUUAUGGAUAUUUGUAUGCAUCUGCGAUGUUUCUCUCUUCUGUAAUCGGAGCAUUUACUACCGCGCACUUUACAUUUUGGAUGAGUAUUGUCGGAUUAAAAAUCCGCAGUACAAUAAUUACACUAGUGUACCGCAAAAUUUUGCAUUCGUCUAGUGUUAAAUUAAAUCAGGAAUUCACAAUGGGAGAGAUAGUAAAUUUUAUGAGCACAGACAGUGACAGAAUUGUCAACAGUUGUCCCAGUUUCCAUACACUCUGGAGUAUUCCUUUGCAAUUGGCCGUAACACUUUACCUUCUUCACACCCAAAUUGGAAUAUCAUUUUUGGCGGGAAUUAGUUUUACAAUAAUAUUAAUACCCAUUAAUAAAUUUAUUGCUAAUAAAAUUGGUGUGCUAAGUACAAAGAUGAUGAAAUUCAAAGACCAGAGGGUGCGAUUAGUCGGAGAAACUCUGCGAGGCAUGACUACCAUUAAAUUAAACGUCUGGGAAGAACAUUUCUUACGCAGUAUUUUACGUCUUCGAGAAAACGAAAUAAAGUAUUUAAAAGGCCGCAAAUAUUUAGAUGCACUCUGUGUAUAUUUUUGGGCAACGACACCUGUUUUAAUUUCACUUCUCACUUUUUCAACAUACGUCUUGCUUGGAAAUAUACUCGACGCUAAAACAGUAUUUACAAGUAUGGCUUUAUUAAAUAUGUUAAUUGGACCAUUAAAUGCAUUCCCAUGGGUCCUGAAUGGUCUUACCGAAGCAUGGGUUUCAGUUAAACGUAUCCAGAGACUAUUAGAUCUAACAGACUUGGACACUUCAACUUACUAUUCAGAUCCCCCUGUAGGAGUCGACGUCUUACUAAAAAAUGUUACAUUUUCUGUAAAUGGAUCACCAGAAAAUAGUUUUUCAGGGCAAGAAAAUCUAGAUGAAAUAUUGCCAUAUCCUUCGACGUCUACAGAAACAAAAACAGUUACUUUUGCAACAGAUAAAACGUUCACUCUGAAAAAUUUAAAUGUAGAAAUAAAAAAAGGCGAAUUGAUAGGAGUGAUGGGAAAAAUAGGCGGUGGAAAAUCACUACUUUUAGAUGGACUUUUGGCAGAAAUAACAAAAUUAAAUGGCAUUGUUGCGAUAAGUGAACUGGACAAAGGAUUCGGUUAUGUAAAACAGAAUCCUUGGCUGCAACGUGGUACAAUACGAGAUAAUAUUUUGUUUGGCAAAGCCUAUGAUUAUAAUAAAUACAAACAAGUUCUCAAAGCAUGUGCGUUGACGGAUGAGUUGAUGAGUUUGCCGAAAAAAGAUUUGACAGGAAUCGGCGAAGCCGGUAGUACAUUGAGCGGAGGUCAAAAAACCCGGAUAUCUCUAGCUCGCGCUGUGUAUGCUGAUAAAAAUAUUUAUCUCUUGGAUGAUAUUCUAGCGACACUUGACACUAAAGUAGCCAAGUACAUUUUCGAAAAUGUCAUUCUCGGUCUAUUAAAAAAUAAAACCCGGAUACUAUGUGCCUACCAGACGCAGUAUUUAAUUCACGCUGACCUAGUGAUAGAAAUGGCUAAAGGAAAAAUAAUAAAACAAGGACUUCCUAAUGAAGUAUUAAGAGACUUUGAAGAUUAUUUAUUGUCAUCAGAGUCUGUGGACAGAUUAGAAGUUGAAUCUAUUACAAACUUGAGUAAAGAAUUAAAUGAAAUAGAUGAUCAAGUUACCGUUGAUCCGCUGCUAGAAGAAGAAUUAGUUGAACGAGGCACAGUACGAUUAGGAGUGUACGGUUCUUAUUUAAAUGCCAUUGGACGUUCACUUUCUAUCUCCAUAUUCCUUGCAAUGCUCUUGAUGCAGAGCUCCAAGAAUGUAAAUGACUUGUGGCUCUCAUUCUGGGUGACUCACUCCAACAUGUCAAUCAACCACUCGACGAUCUCACCACCGCGAGACCAAUUACUUGAAGCCUACUUCGAAACCGAUAAUACGGUUAAAUAUUAUUUAACGAUCUACGGAAUUUUAGCUUUCGUCAAUUCUAUUUUCACGCUCAUCCGCGCUUUUAUGUUCGCUUACGGAGGCAUUCAUGCGGCCAUAGUAAUUCACAAGCAAUUAUUGAAAACAAUAUUGCGCGGACGGACGAGUUUCUUUGAUUCUCAACCUCUUGGAAGAAUAUUGAACCGUUUUUCAUCAGACACGUACACAGCCGAUGACUCACUCCCAUUCGUUGCAAAUAUAUUGCUAGCUCAGUUUUUUGCAUUAAUGGGUACUAUAGUCGUCACUGCUUACGGCUUGCCCUGGAUAUUUUUAAUUCUAGCUCCAUUGGUGCCAAUCUAUCACUGGAUCCAAAACCACUACCGUCUUACAUCAAGAGAAUUAAAACGUCUGGGAAGUACUUCACUGUCACCUCUCUACGCUCAUUUCAAUGAAACACUACAAGGUCUAAAUAGUAUCCGAGCGUUUCGUGUCGUGCCGCGAUUUAAGCACGAGAAUGAACUAUAUUUGGAAGCUAAUCAGAAAGCAAGCUUUGCAUCAAUCGCUGCUGGCCAAUGGCUAGGACUCAGAUUACAAUUUAUUGCCAUAGCACUUCUGGCUGGUAUCUGUGUGAUGGCAGUCCUGCAGCAUCAAUUCGACGUUGCUGAUCCAGGUUUAAUUGGUCUAGUAAUCACAUAUGCGUUAUCAGUAACUGGACUUUUAUCUGGUGUCGUAAAUGUUUUCACAGAAACUGAACGGGAAAUGAUAUCAGUCGAACGUAUAAAACAAUAUCUUGAUAAUGUUCCUACGGAGAAUCCAGCUGGUGACAGCCCUCCUUACGCUUGGCCUAGUCAGGGUGUUGUAGAAUUUAAGCAAGUCGUUCUUAAGUACCGAGAACAUCUUGCACCGUCAUUGAACAAGGUUUCAUUUAUGACAAGACCUUCGGAAAAAAUUGGAAUCGUCGGGCGUACUGGUGCGGGAAAAAGUUCAAUAUUUAAUUCACUGUUCAGAUUAGUUGAUAUUGAUGAUGGUGAAAUACUCAUUGACAAUGUUAAUGUUAAUACUAUACAACUUAAUGCUCUGAGAUCGCGGUUAUCAAUAAUACCACAAAAUCCCUUUAUAUUUUCUGGUACAGUACGUGAAAAUAUUGAUCCGCUUGAUCAGUAUCCAGAUACUCAAAUUUAUAAAGCACUGGAAAAGUGUAAGCUCAGUAAUUUAGUUCAUAGAUUUGGCGGAUUGGGAGCGACAUUGGAUGAAAACGGUAGUAAUUUAAGUGCUGGACAGAAACAAUUGUUUUGUUUAGUACGUGCGCUAUUACACAAUGCCAGAAUACUUUGUAUUGAUGAAGCUACAGCUAAUGUUGAUCCAGAUACUGACAAAGCUAUACAAACAACCAUUAAGUCUUCCUUCAGAAGCGCCACUGUUAUCACAAUAGCUCAUCGGAUACGUACUAUCAUGCAUUGUGAUAGAGUAUUAGUCAUGGAAGCUGGUCAAGUACAAGAAUUCGAUGAACCAAAUGUAUUAUUAGACGAUGUCCAUUCAUAUUUUUAUAAGCUCGCUAAUCAAGAAUUCACUGAGAAUGAAUAAUAAUAAUGUGAUUAAUUGUAAAAAAAGAGAGACUUGUAAAUAUUUUUAUAGAAUAUUAUAAGUAUACAAAUUUUUAUAAAUUAAUUUAAGUUCAAUGCUUACUAUUAUAAAUUAUAAUUAUAUUACUAAAAAAUAAAAUUUAUAUGAUCUAGUAAUUAUUGCUAAUAAUUAAAAGUCUACUGAAUCGAUAUAUAAAUA